CUCCGGAACCUCUCAACUUAAAACCGAGACAAAUCAAUACAUAACAUAAAUAAUUCUCUUGACACCUGCGAACUUGAGGCCCAUUAAUCCAUCAAAACUGAACUUGGUGGGAACUUUGUAAAACCUGGUACAUAAAUAAUGUGUAUCGAUACUUUGUCCCCGCACUAGCGAUUACGAGGUCGAUGGUGAUGCUGGUGCUGGGCUUAUUUGUGUCCAAGAUGUUCUGGGUGUUUGUCGUGUGUGUGUUGGGCGGGGCUGCCGGCUCCAUGGGGCCCCAGUGGUGGGACAGCGCGGUCUACUACAGAAUGUUGGUGGACAGUUUCAGAGACAGCGACGGCGACGGCUUAGGGGAUCUAAAAGGAGCGGUAAAACAAAUUAGCUACGUGCGAGCAUUGGGAGCUGAUGCAGUGAUCCUGUCUCCGAUCUCAGCCAGGAGUAUAGACUGCAACAAACCAGGCAUCAUCGACUUCAGCGACAUAGACCCAAGAUAUGGAACUCCUGAAGACUUCUCCAAUCUAGUCGACAAGAUUAAAAAGCUAGAGUUGAAAAUCGUGAUAACGCUGCCACUUCAAACGGUCAGUAUAGCGUCUGAUUGGUUCACGUCGAGUGCUGAUCGCGUGGCAGGGUACGAGCACAGGGUCAUGUGGAAGGAUGGAACUAUUGACUCCACACCAGCAGUCGAAAAUGGUGUGAAGUCCUGGACUUGGCACGCCACUCGCUACGCGUACUUCGGCACCUCGAACAACGAGGCUGUCUUAAACUUGUGCUGCGAAAGUGUUGCAGCAGCCUUUUCUGCAGCACAGUGCACCUGGCUUAAGAGGGGAGUGUCAGGCGUUCUCCUGAACCCUGACUUCCCAAGAGACACGGCUUGUGGGGAACAGCUGCUGAAGAAGCUGGUGGCAGAUGCCAUGAGCUGUACCCGUGGAAGUGGCAUGGACCCACCGGUUAUCCUCGUGGAGUCAUCUUUGAAACCAGAACAGUCUGCAAUGUACUACGGGGAUGGGGGCGUGGGAGCCAACAGCAUCAUCAGCAAAGCCCUGACCACCCCCACCAGAUCCACCUCAGAAAUGGUGCUGGGCAUCCAAGCAUCUUUGCUGACUUCGCCUUUAGAUGUCCAGCCUACAUGGGCCACAAGCAACGCCAAUGACAGUCGCACAGCUUCCCGCUAUGGAAGUGACAUGGUGGAUGCCGUGAACCUUUUAGCCCUAAAUCUACCAGGUUCUGCCAUAAUCCAGCAAGGAGACGAGCUGGCGGCGGCAGACACUAUCCUAGAAUGGGUGACAGGCAGCACUUGCUGGCCCAUUCAAGCAGCACCAUGGGCAGCCCCCUUCCCAUGGGAUGACUCUCACUCAGCAGGUUUCACCAAAGGCGGUGAAUCCUGGUUACCUUUGGCUCCCAACUUUAGAUAUGCUAACGCAAAGACCGAGUUCUCGAAUGAUUACAGUCAUGUUGGCGUGAUGAGGAUUGCUGCUGCACUUAGGAAGUCACCGGCGUUUGGACCACAUGUGGAGAUAAAACGACAAAAUGGAGCCAUUGUGAUCUUGAGGUGGGGUUCCAGCGGGUCUCUGCUGCUUAUCUCGAACUUGGCGACCGAGCCUACACAGGUGGAACCUUCCAGGAUCCCUGGUAUACCGCCAGAGAUGACGAUAGCCUGCAGUUCAGCAGGGUCGAGCUUCUCCGUCGCUUCUCAUUGGAUGAUGGAUAAAACUAUGAGACUAGGUCCUGGACAGACGAUACUUCUGGCUGGAGCCCCGAGGCAUUGCGGGGGCCCGGGACCAGUGGAGAAGAUCACCAGCAAGUUACAAGAAGGUUGGCAGAAAGUCAACAAGUACUUUAGCACCUAACGCGUCAACAGUUCGCAGCCACGCUCAUGAUAUUCCUUCUGAAACAUUACCUGCGACCAUUUCAUGUUCUUGUGAUAAGUAGUUUGAUAAAUUAAAGUUGAGUUUGUAAUUAAUGUUGUUAAAUGUAAUAACUAAAUAUUCCGUUUAGUUCCAACGUUUGUAAUUAUAAUUAUCUGAACCGAUGACUUUAGGUUAUCCUUAUCAUACAAUGUUAUGUUCAUUUUUAACUUUUUAAUAAAAAAGUUUUCUGCAACAA